UUGUAUUGGCUGCAGGGUUUUAAAUCCUCCCUCUUUUUGUCUCCCUUUUUUUCUCCAACUCAUUCACUCACUCACUCACUCACUCACUCUUUCUCCCUCUCUCUUUUCUCUCUGAACUCUUAAAGAGAACCAGCAGGAAUAUAAAGCAACCUCCAGACCUGUUUGGCUGCUGUUGGUGGGGACUCAGGACAAUUUUCUCCCCGACUGUUUUGUGUUGCCUCUGAGCACCUGGCCACAUAGAAAAUGGGCGAUCAGCUAGAAGAUGGGUCCUUCAUGUUCACCUCCGAGUCCGUUGGAGAGGGACAUCCAGACAAGAUCUGUGACCAGAUCAGUGAUGCUGUUCUGGAUGCUCAUUUGAAAGAAGACCCAGAUGCCAAGGUGGCCUGCGAGACGGUAUGCAAGACCGGCAUGGUGCUGCUGUGUGGAGAAAUCACAUCGCGUGCCAACGUGGAUUACCAGAAGGUUGUCAGGGACACCAUCAAACACAUUGGCUAUGACAACUCUGACAAAGGUUUUGACUAUAAGACGUGUAAUGUCCUGGUGGCUCUGGAGCAGCAGAGUCCAGACAUCGCCCAGGGGGUCCACGUCGACAGACAGGAGUCGGACAUCGGAGCAGGAGACCAGGGUCUGAUGUUUGGCUAUGCUACGGAUGAGACAGAGGAGUGCAUGCCUCUCACCAUCGUCUUAGCCCACAAACUCAAUGCAAAGAUGGCCGAACUCAGGCGCAGUGGUCUCAUCACCUGGCUGCGCCCCGACUCUAAAACACAGGUGACGGUGCACUAUGAUCAGAGGAGCGGUGCUGUGAUCCCCAAGAGAGUUCACACCAUCGUCAUCUCCGUCCAGCACGACGACCAUAUCUCUCUGGAGGACCAGAAAAAGGUCCUUAAAGAGAAGGUGAUCCAAGAAGUGGUUCCUGCUAAAUAUUUGGACGAAAAGACCAUCUACCACCUCCAGCCCAGCGGGCGCUUUGUUAUUGGGGGACCACAGGGUGAUGCUGGUGUGACGGGCAGGAAGAUUAUUGUUGACACAUAUGGAGGUUGGGGUGCUCAUGGCGGAGGAGCCUUCUCCGGCAAGGAUUUCUCCAAAGUGGACCGAUCCGCUGCCUACGCUGCACGUUGGGUGGCCAAGUCUUUGGUCAAAGCGAAGCUCUGUAGGAGAGUGCUGGUUCAGGUGUCCUAUGCCAUCGGUGUGGCCCAUCCUCUCUCCAUCUCCCUUUUCACCUAUGGCUCCUCCACGAGGUCAGAAUCAGAGCUGCUCCGUAUCGUCAACAAGAACUUUGACCUGCGGCCAGGAGUCAUUGUCAGGGAACUGAAUCUGAAGAGGCCUAUCUACCAGCAGACGGCCUCCUACGGCCACUUUGGUCGCCCCGAGUUUACUUGGGAGAUUCCCAAGAAGCUCAUCUUCUAAAUACUCAGCCUGCUUGUCCUCGCCGAGCAGCCUGGGGGUGAAACACAAGGCCUCUUUAUGGGCUACAACCACAAAAGACUUUUAGUUCUUGAUGUAUUUCACCGGCAACUUCAAUUGAUAGGAUGUUUUUUUGUUUUUGUUUUUUUCUCUCUAGGAAGAAAUAAAGCCAAAGUCAGGGAUGGGUUUGAGGAAGUGAUCACAUAAAUUGUACGCUUUAUUAGCAUGUGGUUGUAGCCCAUACAGUGGGACACUUUCUGCUCACCAUCCCCACUGAGAAGGGAAAAGUUGCAGAAGACAUCUUGCAAUUCAUCUCUCUUUCUCCCAAUUUUUUUUCCCGUUUUUUCCUAGCCUACCAGACACCUACAGGGGAGCAUUAAGUUAAUAUCAUGUACCUAGAUACGAGUCCACCCAUACACGUUUUGGUGAAACUUCAAAAAGCCUGAUAAAACUCAAGAUAUUUGCAAACUGAAACUUGUGCCUUCUGCAAACCAAUAACCUAUCAAUAAUGUGACCUCUGCAUCGCUAUGUAAAGAAAAAAAACUAUGGUGCUUUAGCAAUACCAGGGAUGUUUGUUGUAUGCAUAAUCACGAUUCAAAGAGCUUCUCUGCUAAUGUGCCAUGAGAGCUCAUAAAAAGGCAAACGAGCAAAUGGAAAUAUCUGUGAGCCUACAGAAAUACGCUAACACAUGGUACAUUCAAAUCUGGGACCAUACCAUCAUGGGACGCAAUGUACAGCAAAACACCUCAGCCUCACAUCGUUACUAAAUGGUGCUAUUCUAUGAAACCUGGACUUAUCACAGAAUCAUAUGAAUGUCAAGAGUAGAAAUAUUGCAUAACUGAAGGCUUAGUCUUUUCCAAAAGCCUAAUCUUCUUUCUAGGAGAAAAUCAUUUCUUCCUAAGAACAAUUUCUCUUUUUAAUCAUAGUCCCCCCCCCACCCCCACCAAAAUGGCUUUUUUUUUUUUUUACAUUUUGUAAUGUGUGUUACAGAAAGCUGUUUAUACAGCUAGGACAUCCAACAGGAAAAAGGACAGGUCACUAAACCUUAUGAAGAGCAGGGAGGUCCCUCUUUAAAGCAUACUAUUUUACAGUCAACCAAAUGAUAAAACAGCCGUGCAGCCUCGUGUUUUUAUAAUGCACUACUAUUCAUCUCAUUCUUUGUUCUGAAUCCAUUUAGCUCCACUCAGUCCUGCUGGUGCUUUUAUUGCCGUACAGCCAAACAUGGGCAAUUUGUUUCAAUGCAAAUCAAAAACUCCUCACAAGUCCAUAGUUGUAGAUGUAAAAGCGUGCUGCACAGUUCUCAUGGUUAAAUAGACAGCGGUUUAGGCUGUAGUUGUGACUAUACUCAAUUUCAGAUAUUUGCUAGAGGUCCAUGCUAGAAGUCCGACUUGAUUACGCCUUAAUCUUUUGUGAUUAUUUUGCUCAGUGUGGUGGCUUGCCAAGCUGCACGCUGCCAAGGCCAAGCAUACUUCUGCAGACCUCUGGCAUCUUAAUGUCAAGCUACGUUUUACAAAGCACUUUUGAUGGCCUUGAUGUGUUGCAGUUGUAUUCUUCUUGAAACCGUAUCGUCCAUACAUCUCCACUGCUGAGCGGUGAGGUGUGCAUAACAAACUCCUCGCUUCCCUCCACAGUCAACAUUUCCAUUCUCUCAGAGCAAAAGUAUUCAUCACACAUCUCUGUGCCGAUCUGUAUCCUCUCCUGUCAACUUCACAGUCUAAACAGCUGGUGGGAUGUCUGGAUAAUGUAAAUAAUUGUUGACAAUAAAAAAUAUUUUAAAG